AUGGAACUUGAAAAUUUUUAUGAAAAUGUCAAAGAACAUGCUGAAUGCCAAAGUGCAAGAGCGGGUGGCCAAGGAGAAUCUUCGCAGCCAGAGAGCCGUAUCCGGCCAAUGGAGCCUACCAGAAGAAAUAUAUCUCUCAGGGUGAUCUAUACCCUCCUGGGUGUCUGCAUCUUGCUGUCCGUUGUGGCUAUCGUAACCGCAGUUAUACUGACUAUAAAGAACUCCAAGCAGAUCCUGAGCUCCAUCGCCAAAAUUCAGGACGAGGUUUCACAACUGAGUAAGAGUGCGAGUGUCCAGACUAUCUCUAUUCGAGUCCUCAGGAUUCUUAAGUGGAAAUGUGAACCAGAAAUCGUGGUCCAUGUUGAUACAAAUGCUAUGGCUAUAAAAAGCUCCGAGCAGACUCUGAGCUCCAUCGCCACAAUUCAGGACGAGAUUUCGCAGCUCCGUAGGGAUACAGAAACGUCAAUAGCUAGUGUGAAGAAUGAGCUUUCUCAGUGGAAGAGUAAUUUUGUAGUGAACCUCGCGAAGACCGGCAGCUCCAUCACCAAACUUCAGGUCGAUAUUUUGCUGUGGAGCAACUAUCUGCUACGAUGCCCCACAGGAUGGACUCGGUUCAGGGAAAGCUGUUAUCAGUUUUCUUCAAGUGAAAAUACCUGGGUAGAGGCCCAGAGACAGUGUGCAUCGGUAGAUGCUCACCUUGUUGUCAUUAACAAUGGCUAUGAACAGGGCUUUUUGACAACGACCCUUAGAGUUCGACAUUGGAUUGGCCUCAGUGAUGCUGCUUCUGAAGGUGAUUGGCGCUGGGUGGACGGAACUGAUUAUUUUUCCUCUUCAACAUACUGGGAUGAAGGGGAACCCAAUAAUGAUAAGGAUGCCGAGGACUGUGUGGAGAUACUUGACACUGGAAAUUGGAAUGAUUUGCCAUGUGAUGAAAGAAGGGUGUCCGUCUACGCUUGCCGUCAACGGCGUUGUGGGUGGGCGGUGGAAGGAGGAGGAUGA